CGGCGACGGCGGCGGCGACGACUGGUCCUCUUCCUCCCUCACCCAAUUGCUCCUCCUUUUUUUCCUCCUCCUUUCCUUUCCGGCCGAGUAUCGUCCACUUCCCCUAGCGGCCGCCCUGAUCCUACGUAAAGGCAUGACUUCACGGCACCUCAGGGAAGAUAGGGUGCAAGCCCAGAAACUAUUUCCUCACCACCACUUGUUGAAAAACUGAUUUGAAGGCAUCUCUGGAUUUGAACAAACGGAAAGUGCCAGGAUUUUAUGCGUCUUUGGUUUUGCGCUAAAGACCCAUCACUACUAGGCAUCAAGACGGAAAAAACUGGAAACUAAUCCGAACCUAAUUCAGUCAGAAUGGAAAGAUUUGUAGUGACAGCACCACCUGCUAGAAACCGGUCUAAGACUGCUUUGUAUGUGACUCCCCUGGAUCGAGUCACUGAGUUUGGAGGUGAGCUGCAUGAAGAUGGAGGAAAACUCUUCUGCACUUCUUGCAAUGUGGUUCUGAAUCAUGUUCGCAAGUCUGCCAUUAGUGACCACCUCAAGUCAAAGACUCACACAAAGAGAAAGGCAGAAUUUGAAGAGCAGAAUGUGAGAAAGAAGCAGAGGCCUCUAACUGCAUCCCUUCAGUGCAACAGUACUGCGCAAACAGAGAAAGUCAGUGUUAUCCAGGACUUUGUGAAAAUGUGCCUGGAAGCUAACAUCCCACUUGAGAAGGCUGAUCACCCAGCAGUCCGUGCUUUCCUGUCUCGCCAUGUGAAGAAUGGAGGCUCCAUACCCAAGUCAGACCAGCUGAGGAGAGCAUAUCUGCCUGAUGGAUACGAGAAUGAGAAUCAACUCCUUAACUCACAAGAUUGUUGACAAGGAGGUUACCACCAUUGUGAUCAAGAUAAAUAAUGUGGAGUAUUAAAGUUAUGUGUUGA